UGACAUAUAUAUAAUGAUUUUAUAUUUAUAUUUAAGUUGCUGGUAUUCUUGAAACCUACAAAGAACGAUCCAAUUGAUCAGACACACAAUGAGAUCCAUACGGUUUUGCACUUCUUGAAAAAUAUAAUCUGUUUUGUUAUUCUAUUCUAGGUAAUGAAGAACUUGUUACUCACAACUCUUGGAUUCAAGAAUUCCUGUAUAACUUAAGCGACACAAUUAGAGCUUUUUUCAAUUCUUUUAUUAAUUGAUGGGGAUGAGAAUGUUUGUUGUAAUAGAAAAUGGUGGUCUAUAAUACAAAAUUGAGGCUACUAGUUUCUCUAUGCAGUAAUGUGUUCAUUUGUGAUAGACUCUCUCUAAAACCUUGCUUACCUGCAUCUUAUUGGCUAUAUUAUUGUGUUCUGUUAAUAUUUAGGUUGAGAUUUCCUCAUAUUGCAGCUACGGAACUUGUUAGCAGAUCUAUCAAAGUGAUGAUGGAAUCAGGUUGUGAAGAGGUAACGUUGGAAGCAGAAGUGACAAAUAAAGGAGCGCUAGCCCUGUAUGGCCGUCUUGGGUUUAUUAGGGCAAAACGGCUCUUCCACUACUACUUGAAUGGAGUUGAUGCUUUCCGUCUGAAGCUGUUAUUCCCUUGUCCGGAGUUAUACCCCUCCCUGCCUAUGAUGGCAAAGACAGAAGACAGCCACUGCCAUGACGAUCACAUACAACCUGAAGAACGUUCUGAGCUACAUCAACACUUGUAAUUUUUUUAUUUUCCAGCUCAGUGUAUGGUUUAACCAUCACAAAGUUUUGCAUUCCAUUUCUAGAGUCAUUAAGGAGGUAAUUAUAACUUUUAUCUCCCACAUCAUUUCUCUACAAGAUGUAUACUAUCUUCGGAUCAAUCCCUUGCAGUUGCUCAUACAUGAUUAUAACUUUUUUUUUGUUUGAAACAGUGUUUUGAUGUGUCAUAAAUAUGAAAGUAGUUUUGAGUAUUU